CAAGGCAUUCUGGGAAAAGAGGCUGUUGUAAACAUGGCCGCCCUGGUGAGCAGAGUUCUGUCCUUCAGUAGAAACGCGAAGGUGCUCGCGUCGCCCUUGAGGCUGACCGCUGCACCUGUGUGUCGCUACAGCCUGGAAGUGUCCAGCACCGGCGAGACCAUCACCCACACCGGCCAGGCGUUUGAGGCAAAUGAUCCCAGGAGAGCCAGAUUCGUUGGCAGACAGAAGGAGGUCAACACAAACUUUGCCAUCAAACUGGUGGCCGAGGAGCCGGUGACCGGCGUGGAGGCCAGAGUGGUGUCCUGUGACGGAGGCGGAGGAGCCCUGGGUCACCCCAAAGUCUACAUCAACCUGGACAAAGACACUAAAGUGGGCACUUGUGGCUAUUGUGGAUUACAGUUCCAGCAUAAGCAUCACCACUAAAACAUGUCCCCUGCCUUUGCUUCUCUGUAUAAAUAAAUAAAUUAUAUGUCGUCUUGA